AUGAACCUUCCCACUGAUCUUUAUAAAUCGCCACCUUCUCUCGAGACGCAUUCAACUGCACGUCCUCUUGUGACCGAGUACCCUGCGUCGAAAGCUACGACUACGAUUCCAAAGCAAACUCCGUCCAAAAGGCUCUUGACUCAGGAGCAUAACAUUCGCGCGUCAUCGGGUGAUGUUGUGAAUAAAGAAACGCAGCAAGUGGCUUUCCGUGUUCCAUUCUUGCCUACUCCGCGUUUGGCUUCUCCUCCAAACCUUGCCUCUUCGAAUGCUAGAAUAGACUGUGCCAAUAUCGAAACAAAGCGGAAAGCGUCGUCCCGACCAACGUCCCCGAAAGGCCUGCUCUUUCCAUUACCGCGGCGGGUGCUGAAUUCCUCUUCAGCCGAUGAGGAUCGAAGUGAACAAUUCUCUGUCCUUAACAAGCCAUCAAACGCGCGUGGUGCAGAUUCGAGUUUAAGUUUGACUAAUCGCGACGAAAGUUUUGAGCCGUCGAACGAAAUGAAAGCAGCUAUUUUAAAUUCAACCUGUGAUGAAGAUAUGGAAGCUACUAUUGGUCGACACCUUCGCCUCCGCCCAUCCGUUGCCUUUAUUCAAAAGCAAGGCAUUGUUCGAGAUAGAGUAAAUAUGUUCCGACAACUUGGAAAUUCGAUGUCGGUACCUCUAGCCAGUCAGUGGGGGAGG